AAAUGCGAAUGGAUUGCGGUUUAUGUCUAGGCUAAACACAAAAACGUUGAAUUUAAUUUUUUUUAUACCAAAAAGAUAGAAUUGCGAGAUUAAUAGAAACUUUUUUUGUGGUGUUUUGGAAGGAAAAGUGAAAAAGUGGCAGCAGACCCAAAAAAUUGUUUUUAUUGAUCAAAGACAUGAAAUUUUGGGCACAAAUUAAUGAUUCAACGCCAGUAAUUCUGAUUUAAGUGUUCAACGCGUAGAGCUUCAAGAGGCGAAAAAUGAAUAAAUUCGAGGUGAAACGAGAGGCUACAAGUGGCAUUGAUUGCCAGGAAUGUGGGGAGAGUUUCGUAAUAUAUCCAGAACUCGAGAAGCACAGAGAAAUCGCUCACAAUUUGUUCAACUGCAAAUCCUGCGCAAAAGAAGAGACUUCCGUGGUGGCAUUUGAGUAUCAUCUGCAGAUGCAUGGCGGAAUGAAGCUGUACAAGUGCACAAUUUGCCAUGAGAACUUCUCAUUCCUCAUCGAACUGAACAGUCAUCUUCCUAUUCAUUUGGCAGAGGAAAAACCUUUUCCAGCUGGCGAACAAUUGAUAGACGCAGCAAUUAAUUUAGGGCAAAAGAUUAAGACGGAAUCACCAACACCAGCUGAGAGAGGGGAUUCCAGUGGUGAAGAGCCAGACAUGCCACAGGAGAAAACUGUUGUUCUCGAGUGGGUGAAGCCGCAGAAGAUUUUCAAGUGCUCUCAGUGUCCGCACACCAGCAAAACUCGCAGCAAUCUCAAGCUGCACGCCAGGACACACACCAAUGAGAGGCCUUUCGAGUGCGCCAUUUGUGGGAAGACGUACAGACACAAAGUCAGCGUGAAAUCUCACCUGCUAAUGAUUCACGACAAGAACAAGCAGCGAACGGAAGUGUGUAAAAUCUGCGGCAAGGGAUUCUACAUGAAGGAGAGACUGAAAGUGCACGUGCGUGAAAUGCACUCCUCCGAUAACACAAGAUAUCCUUGCCACCUGUGCGGAAAGACAUAUUCCUCAAAGUCGGGCGUUGCUUUGCAUAUACAGCGGCACGACGCGAAGAAUAAUGGAGUUCCUUGUCCCAAGUGUGGCAAAGUCUUCACCACGCGUCUUGGCAUGACUUUGCAUCUCAAGAGGCACAAUCCUGAGCGAAAGUACGUCUGUGACUGGGAGUCCUGCGACUACAGCACGCCUCUCACCACAUCUCUACGCGAUCAUCGGCGCACGCACACGGGCGAAAAGCCGUUUAAAUGUGACUUCUGCGACAAGACGUUCAGCGUGAGGGGUUGCGUGAAGAGGCACAUUGCGCACAUGCACAACCCCCACAUUGUUCCCUGCACGCAAUGCGAGAAGAGUUUUCCCACGCGAAAAGCUCUGCUCGAUCACGUGAGACGACUUCACGCGGAGAGAACGAUUCCCUGCUCAGUGUGCAACAAGAAGUACGGAAGCAAGGCGGACGUGAGCCGGCAUAUGAAGGAUAGUCACUCGAUCAAGAAGAAGAAAGUGCAUUUUUCAAUUUGUGAUUCUUGAAUGAGUUGAAUUCAGCAAUAAAAAGUGGGGAUUGUUUAGGCGGGAAA